CCUGCGGUAGCCAGGUGUAGGCAGACUCGUAAGAUGCCGGAACCAGCCAAAUCCGCUCCCGCUCCUAAGAAAGGUUCAAAGAAAGCCGUCACCAAAACUCAAAAGAAAGGUGACAAGAAGCGUAGAAAGACUAGGAAAGAGAGCUACUCUAUCUACGUGUACAAGGUGCUGAAGCAGGUGCACCCCGACACGGGCAUCUCGUCCAAGGCCAUGGGCAUCAUGAACUCCUUCGUCAACGACAUCUUCGAGCGCAUCGCGGGCGAGGCCUCGCGCCUGGCGCACUACAACAAGCGCUCCACCAUCACCUCGCGGGAGAUCCAGACGGCCGUGCGCCUGCUGCUGCCCGGCGAGCUGGCCAAGCACGCCGUGUCCGAGGGCACCAAGGCUGUCACCAAGUACACCAGCUCCAAGUAGGGCGCCUCGGACCGUCACUCUCAACCCAAAGGCUCUUUUAAGAGCCACCCAUAUAUUCAGUAAAAGAGUCGAUCACAGGUUUUUUUCGGUGAGUGGUGUUUGCACGUGGUAAUGUUUUGGUCAUUGGGUUAGAACACGCUGUCGGAAGAUGUGGGAAAAGUGUUAUCCUGUGUAGGUAUUUGGAAAGAUUUGGGUCGUCUUGUCUGUUCUGUUCUGUCAAUCGGUCCUGCAGGUCUAUAAAAAGCAUGUUAAGCCCCUAAAGAAUUUUAAAGCCAUUAAAGGUUUCUUUCUUAAUUUCAGA